AUGUUUGCUCAGCUCCUGCUACAACUUCAAACAAGCUCCUUCUCAGCACAGAGCUACGAACUCGACGACGCUGGUUUAAGGGUAGUGUUUGAGAUGCAACCAGUGUGGAGUUUCGCCUCCCCCACCUCUGAACUUGCUGGGUUUACCCUUUGUUGGCCACGAACAGCGAUCGACGAUGGUGGUGGGGAAUCUGGUGAAUCCUGGGACGAUGGUGGUGGGGAAUGA